CAUCACAACUUAAGCAAUUAUAUUGUGAAGGGGAAUUGUCAACAAUGUAACUGAUUUAUGUAUUUGUUUAAUGAAAACACUUUUUUGUCUCAGCUCUUUUGUUUGUGUGGUUGGAGUAGAUCAACAGGAAAGGAUGACUCAGCACUUUCAUCCAUAACUUUAAUCAGACAGCAGUGAGGAUUCAACAGCCUCUCAUUUGCUUUGCUCUCUGAUUAUGAAUACUCUGCCUGAUGCUGAACUCUGUUUCCCACUACUACUUAACACUUCCUGCAGGAAGCCACUGCAGCAACAUGCUGAGAAUAUUUUUGUCAAUGUGCUGCUGUCCUGCAUAUCUUUGUUCACUGUGGCUCUCAACCUGCUGGUUAUCAUUUCUAUCUCCCAUUUCAGGCAGCUCCACACACCCACAAACCUCUUAAUCCUGUCUCUGGCUGUCUCAGACCUCCUUGUUGGACUCCUGCUCAUGCCAAUCCGCAUCCUUCAGAAAGGAGGCUGUUGGGUUCUGGGUAGUUUUAUGUGUGGAGUGUUUAACUAUUUAUCUUUUAUUAUCACCUCUGCCUCAGUAGGAAACAUGGUGCUCAUAUCAGCUGAUCGAUAUGUGGCCAUCUGUGACCCUCUGCGUUACCAAACCAAAGUCACCAACUGGAGAAUUAAAGUGUGUGUGUGUCUGUGUUGGUUUUGUUCUGUGCUUUAUAAUGGAGUGAUACUGAAGGACCACCUGAAGCACCCAGACAGAUAUAGUUCCUGCUAUGGGGAGUGUGUUCUUUUAAUAGAGUUUUUAACAGGUGUUUUUGAUGUCAUGUUAACCUUUAUCGGCCCCAUCACAGUCAUCAUAGUUCUGUACAUGAGAGUAUUUGUGGUAGCGGUGUCUCAGGCUCGAGCCAUGAGGUCUCAUAUUGCAUCUGUCACUCUGCAGGGUUCAGUUCCUGUAACUGCUAAGAAGUCAGAGAGAAAAGCAGCCACAGCUCUCGGUGUUGUUGUGGUGAUGUUUGUGAUAUGUUUUAGUCCUAAUUAUUUUCCUUCUUUUGUGGGGGAGGACAUGUCAACAAAUGCCCAGCUUUCAAUUUUUGCACUCUGGCUACUUUAUUCCAACUCUUUUUUAAAUCCACUUAUCUAUGCUUUAUUCUACCCGUGGUUCAGACGAGCUGUCAAAGUCAUUUUUACAUGUCAGGUACUGCAUUCUAAAUCCUUUGAUUUACACCUGCAGUAGAGUGAAACGGAUAGCAAAA